GCCCACUAUCUGAACGGCUUCCACGCGCCUCUCCAUCGUUCCUUAUUGCUUUCUCUAUCUCUUCACCGUUCUGUGUCGGCCUCUUUGCUUCUCUCUCUCUCUCUCUGUCUGACUCUCUCUAUAUAUCGUCGGAUUUCAAAACCCUAGAGUCGCUUCUUCAACUCCAAAUCCAAUCGAAUCGAGAGACUAGGUAUUUGGCGUCUGGCUGCUGUCUUAUCUUAAGCCGCUCCUGCUGUUCUUAUGGAGAGAUGUCUUACCUGGAGUAGCAGAAGAGGUUCGGUCAACUUGUCUCCCCUCCCUCUCUCUCUCUUACAGUCUUAAAUUUGACGCCUUUUUUCAACAAUAGGCAGGUUUUGAAGUCAUCAGUUUUUUAUUUUUAUUUUUUAAAAAUCUUAUUUGGCAUGAACAAAGUCUCAAUUGUGUUUCAGAACCAGCUGGUUCAAAACACAGCUUAAAGUGCGUAGCCCCUUCUAUACGGAAGUGGUCAUAAAUAAGUGGAGUGGACGACUGAACAUCCUGUUCACGUGACCCUUUUUUUUUGUUCCUGAAAUAUACUAAACACGAAUGAGAAGUGGUGGUCAGUGGGGUUCGAGACAAGCACACUAAUGGUUCAGACAAUGUGCUUGUUUGGUUAAGUGCUGCAUUAUACAUAGUAUCUUAUAUAUACACUGUUAUUGCCUGGUUAACUGCUGGUUUACUUGGAGUUGGCUGAACAGUGACUCAGUUAUAUCUCGGGUAUGCUAUCCAGUCCAGUUUUUUAAAUAAAAAUUUCGUCCUUUGGGAUUUGGGUUGUGUUGUGACAUGCUUAUGCAACUAUUCAUACGUAAACUCCAAAGUUGUUAUGGUCCUGUAUUUUGGUUUCCUAAAAGUGGACUUCAGAAGUGCGGACAUGCGAUUUUAUUCCUUUCCCGUUGAUAUAUAACUUAAACCACAGUUCAUUUGUUCUGGCUUAUGAUGCGCUUAUGCAAUGGAGACGCAUGCCCUUCUGCUAUUUUUGUAUUAAUAGAUUAAUCUUUGUUCUUUAUGGGUUAUCCUAUUUUUCAACUUGUGUGAGAACAAUUGUCGACAUGUUUUUUCUGAUUUAAAUUUAUACCGUUUUCUUUAUUUUGGGCAAUUGAAUUUCUGGUGUUUAACAAUCUUAAGUUUAUAAUUUUAAUUUUAAUUUUUUUUUUUUUUUUUUGCUUUCUUAUAGCAUCUAUUCCCUAUUUUUGUUUAAAGUGAUGCUGAACAAUGUCAAACUGCAACCACAUUUAUUCUGGCAGAAGUUCAAGUUUUGACAACGUGAUCUGUCGUGAACAGAAUAAUUUCUUCUAGCUGGGUUUUGGAAGGAGUCGGAUCUUGUUUGGUUAAUCUGUACUUGCAACAGCUGAUAAACUCAACAUCAGUCUAAUCUUCCAUAUAUUAGAUGGAUCGCCGCGAUACUUCAGGAUUUGUCAGCGGGGGUGCAUUCUCUUGUGGACACAUCUAAUUUUAACUUUGUAGAUAUACAUCUCUUUUUUAUUCGUAAGUAAGGCAGGCUGUUCUGUUGAAAUUUGUAAAUAGGAUUAGAUAUUGUUUCUGCUGUUGUUUCAUGGACGGGAGGUUCCAGCACUUGGGAUUUGCUGCUAAUCAUUCUGCAAAUGCAUUCAAGAUUUUGGACAAUUCUAUGCAAGUUGAAGGAAGUCGGGCUGAUUGUUAUGGUACAGACACCAUCUUGCGACUUGAUUCCCCUGGUUCUUCAAAUCCCUCCUAUAUGCCCUCUUCUAAGGGAACAAAAAGGAAGUGGGAUUUAAUUAAUGGGUGCAUGAGUCAGAGAGUUGGCUCUUCUUUGUCUCUUGGGCUUGGGCAUUCAACGAGUUCCUCAGACAGCAAGGGGAGUUCAGCUAUUGCUUGCACUGCUAUGUCUUCAGCCAAAGAUAAUGAUGAGGAAUCUUCUAUGGAUGUAGAACUGGACUUUACUCUCCAUCUUGGCUGUGAGAAGGUGCAGAGCCUAAAGAAACCUGUUAGUUCAAAUUUGAAGACAUUGGACUUGCAGUUGAGCCUUUCCACUGGCCCCUGUGAGUCAGAUAUCACUAGUGUUCAUCUAAGUCCAUCACCUCUUCAAUUGAAUAUGGAGAUGCCAUCAGUAUUCCGUGGGACACAAAAUACAGAUGAGGGAUCAACAUCAUCUAGUUGGAAGCAAGGGAUUGUUUUGCCGUCUUCAAAGACUUCAUUAAAUACAGGCACUAGUUUCUUUCUAAAUCAGGCUUCAAAGCAGUUUGAUCAUAGUCCCAUUGUUCCGGACCUCUCGUCAGACAUACCAAAAAGUUCAGUCACUUCUACUUCUGGCCUAACACAGCAGCAACAGCCACCACAUCGCCUGAGUAAUUCUAAGAUAUGUCAAGUUGAGGGAUGUGGAAAGGGAGCCAGAGGUGCUUCUGGACGAUGUAUAUCUCAUGGUGGUGGUAGGAGGUGUCAGAAACCUGGCUGCCACAAAGGAGCUGAAGGUCGGACUGUAUACUGCAAGGCCCAUGGAGGUGGAAGACGAUGUGAAUACCUUGGUUGCACAAAGAGUGCAGAAGGACGGACAGAUUUCUGUAUUGCCCAUGGUGGUGGCCGGAGAUGCAGUCAUGAAUGUUGUACCCGAGCUGCCAGAGGGAAAUCUGGAUUAUGUAUCCGGCAUGGUGGUGGCAAGAGGUGCCAGAGAGAAAACUGCACCAAGAGUGCAGAAGGCCUAUCUGGUCUUUGCAUCUCACAUGGUGGAGGGCGUCGAUGCCAAGCUCUUGGAUGUACGAAAGGGGCACAGGGUAGCACAAUGUUUUGUAAAGCACAUGGUGGGGGAAAAAGGUGUACAGCACCAGGGUGCACCAAAGGUGCUGAGGGGAGCACCCCCUUUUGCAAGGGCCACGGUGGAGGAAAACGCUGUACAUACCAGGGUGGUGGAAUUUGCACCAAAAGUGUGCAUGGAGGUACCAACUUCUGUGUGGCACAUGGGGGUGGAAAGAGGUGUGCUGUACCAGGCUGUACAAAGAGUGCCAGAGGAAGGACUGAUCAUUGUGUCCGCCACGGGGGAGGAAAGAGAUGUAAGUUUGAAGGGUGUGGAAAGAGUGCACAAGGCAGCACUGACUUUUGCAAGGCACAUGGGGGAGGCAAGAGAUGCUCUUGGGGCCAUCCCGGGUCAGAGUAUAGUAUCCAACCAGAUGGUCCCUGUAAUUCAUUCGCAAGGGGGAAAAUAGGUCUGUGUGCACUUCAUAGUGGACUAGUGCAUGAUAAGAGGGUUCAUGGAGGUUUCUCAUUGGGAUCUGUUGUUCAGGAUACUCAUUCUAGUAAACCAGAUGAACUAAAGCAGGUACCCGUUGACAAAGACAUGGAUAUGGAUAUGAUGAAAAUGAGUAGUAGCCUGAGCACUGCUGCUCCGAGAGCUUGUUCUGACCUUAAACAAUAUGAAGUUGCCAGUGCUCAUGUCUCAGCUGAGGAAGAUGAUCACUUUCCAAUUUCAGUUGCUGUUCCUGAAGGCAGGGUGCAUGGUGGAAGUCUGAUGGCAAUGCUAACGGGAAGUUCUAGCCGUGGCUCAAGUAGCGGGAGAGGUCUAGUUAGCGAUCCAUCAGAGCCAAUCAAAGGUUACAUAAUGCCCCAGAGUUGGAUUUAAGGCUAGUUAUCGUUUUUGUUGUCAUAGUCUCUGUAGUUCACAAAUUUUAUCAUCGUGUUACAUUGUUACUCCCUUCAUUGUUAGAUUUUUGACGAUUAGAGUUAUUCUGUCAUCCUUUGAAAUUGAGAGAAUACCCAAGUCGUUUGACAAUUUCAUGGUUGGGAUAUCAAGGUAGGACAUUGUGCUUGGAUUAGGUUGUUGGUGAUGUUUUUUUCCAUUCCUCCUUUCUCUGUAAAUAUUACAUCCGAUGAACGUUUAGCAUGUUGUUAAUACAGGAUGCUACCUGUAAGGUCUGUAGUGUGCCAUGUAUUCUAUUUAAUAAUAAAACCUUACUCA